AUGCAUCAAAAAAAAAAGAGGAAGGAGUUCAGCUCCCCACUCCGGGCGGCCCCUCAGCGGGCGUCACCCGGCGCAAAAAUCGUCCGGGGUCAGAGCGUCGAGCGUGGAAAGAAGGAGUCUCGACGCACAGUCGCUGUGUGCGUCGAGAGAGACGGCGCGAGAGACCGGCGACCGGCGACCGGAGACCGGAGACCGGAGACCGGAGACCGAGCGAUUACUAUCACCUGGCGGCCGGCUACCGCAUUACCCGCCGCCGCUGACAGGCGACCGCGCGCACCACGCGCUCCGACCACCGGCAUAUAA